AUGGAUUGGUCGGCCUUCCCAUUCCCUGUCAACCGCGCUGGACGAUGGGCUCCAGUGCUCUUCGAGACGCCCACCUCCUUGCUCAAGAGGACGGUCAGCAGCGUCAGCAGCUGCAGCGCCGCCACUACACUGAACUGGGACGCAGAGUCUGGCGAGUCCGACUCGCAAUUCGGAUUCGUCUUGCGCAAAUGCAGCAAUCUAGGGGAAUAUCUCACCAGCGACCCAUCCACCUCCACCGCUCAAGAUGAGCCAGCGGAGUCGGAGGACGAAGAGGAGGAAAAGUCAGUGAUGGACACGGAGGAUGACGCGACUGUACGAGGCGACGACACCGUGUCUGAGGACGGCUCGGAGGAAACCGCCGUCGAGGAGUGUCUCCGCGACAUAUCCCAUCCGCCGUCGCGCUCUGCUACGCCCGAGCCCGAUGGCUGCACACGGGAAAGCUCAGCAGCGCCUGUGCAGCCCGCCCCGAGCUGGGCCGCCAUAUUCGAUCGAGACCUGACAUCCAUGCCACGCACCCCAAUUGCCGCCCCGGCGACCGCCAUGCUUGCGCCCAGCACGCCGCCGCCGCCACCGCAUUCCGAGAGACGCGGCAAGCGCUACGCGCCGUACGCUGUGGUCACCCCCAGCAAGCGCCAGCUUCUGCGCCGCGAGGGAGCAGCCAGGGCUGCACAGCUCAAAGCCGCGAAGGAGGCCGAGCGGCGGCAGGCGCUGCGGGAUUAUCGGGAGGAGCGCCGGUUUUUGGCUGAGCAGCGCGCGGCUGCGAAGAGGCGCGCGGGACCGGCACGCAAAAUCGAGGCUCGCGACAUUUGGGCGAGCUUUGAGCAGGAAUAG